AUAGCGAGGCGCUUUCCUAUUGAUAUUUUGCACGAAAGCGGCAUUUCCCCCAAAACGCAGAAAUGAGCUGGUAGUUCAUUUAUUUUUUUUUCGCCGUUUGCUGACCAACCGCGCAGAUUAGUUCGAGAGUGGUACCGUUGCAAGAACGAUUUGCGAACGUGGAAAAGAAGAGCCACAACAUCAUCCAUCUGUUACGAGAACACACCGGAACAACACCUACCCCGCAUUCCGCCGGCGAGAAACACAACACCUGACGUUGCGGUCGGACGUGGAAAGGAAGGCAAACUUGUCGAACCAUUGUCGUAUCGGUCGUGGGUGGUGGAAUAGAUAAACAAAACGACACCCCUCCCCCGACCAGGCUAGGCGACCCGAUAACGGACGAAACGUUUGACAGCGACAUCGAGAUAGGGCAAAGACCGAAGGAAGAAACGACCCAGUCGUGUUGUAUCGAGGGUAACGGCAACUGUCCGUCCGACGGCAUCGAAGUGGAGCGAAUCGGGCAACAAACGGUCGGCGCGAAGAUGGAAGUCGUCUACACUUCGGACAGCUGCGAUAGUGAUUCGCGCGAGCAGAAAACGGUCGAUCUGGGCCACUCGAACAAGCGCCACCUCGACGAUGAUCUGCUGCGUGUCUCGAAGUCGAAGAAGCUGGCCGAGGAUAUCGAGACGGUGCUGCUCAAUCACAACAAGUUGAUAAGGGUGCCACUGUCGCUGGCCGACUUCACCAACUUGCGCGUGCUGGAUCUGAGCAACAACCGGCUGGAGGAGCUGCCGGAGGUGAUCACGACCUGCCAGCUGACGACGCUGAUCGUAAAGAACAACCUGCUGACGGACAAAUCGCUGCCGAAGUCGCUGCUCGGUGCGGCCGGAAGCGCACUCAAGGAGCUCAACCUGAGCGGCAACUUGUUCAAGCACUUCCCGGAGCAGGUGCUCGAGCUGCGUUCGCUCAAGUAUUUGUAUCUCGGCGGUAAUCAGAUCAGCAAUGUUUCCAAAGACAUCUGGAAGCUACAAAACUUGCAGCUGCUUUCGCUGGGUGGGAACCUCAUCACCGAAAUGCCGGAAACCGUCGGUCUGCUCAACCAUCUGUAUGCACUCGUCCUCUGUGAUAAUCUGCUCGAGAUGCUUCCCGCCUCCAUAGCGCGCUUGGUUAAUCUGAAGUCGCUUCUGCUGCACAAAAAUCGACUCCGGCAUUUGCCGCGAGAAAUCAUCACCCUGCGCAAUCUGACCGAGCUGAGCUUGCGUGACAAUCCGUUGGUGGUGCGCUUCGUUAAGGACAUGACGCUGAACCCUCCGAGUUUGCUGGAGCUUGCCGGUCGCGCCGUCAAAACCAGUGCCAUACGCUACAGUGCCGAGGAUCUGCCACGCACGUUGAUCGAGUACCUGCAGACGGCAAACUGCUGCGUCAAUCCGAACUGUAAAGGUGUAUUUUUCGACAAUCGUGUGGAGCAUAUUAAGUUUGUGGAUUUCUGCGGCAAAUAUCGUAUUCCAUUGUUGCAGUAUUUAUGCUCUUCAAAAUGUGUUGCCGAUACGAGCUCCUCCGAAACGGACGGUGAACCGAGCAGUAGCAUGAUGCGCAAAGUUUUGCUGGGUUAGAUGGGUUGAUGGUCCGGGGGGAAAUAUCGGCAUCCAUUUUUUUAAUGCGAUUUGCCAAAUGUCUCCGACGUUGGAGUCUUUCUUUCGUUUCCAGCAUGGGAUAGCAUUGGCUGACCAUGCUUCCAUUUGUUUCCGCUUUUUGCCGUGUUCCUGCAUCGGUUAAACAUCCCGGUUGAAAUGUCUUAGGAUAGUGUGAAAGGAGCUACCAGAAUGCAUCUGUCGAUCGCGUAUGCAAGCCUUAUAUGUAAAUCAAUGAAAAAAAAAAUAUUUUAUGUACUCUAGCAAUACGGAAUCAAGCCAUAGAGUUUAACGAGAGGUAAUAUGACGAAGAGAGCAAUUUUAAGAUACAAAAGAGAUUAUGAAACGGGUGUUUGAACCGAAUGGAACACAAAUUCGCCGGUUUGCCGGUUUUCGUUAUAAAUAAUGCUUACGGUACGGAGAAAAUCCGCAAGCCAAAUACGCGUGCGCUCAGCCACUCAGCGCAACGGAAAUCCUGUACCUUUUCUGCAGCAUCCUCUUAUCUAUCGUGUAGUGAGCAGAGCGCGAAACCUCUUGGGGGGGAUUUAUGUGAUGUGUGCUCCAAGAGCAGUGAGUUGGGAAGCAAUACAAGAAUUUACAC